CGGCUUGCAACCGCCGUGCCUCCUCCCUCGCAGGGCGAAGGAGAGAAGCCAGGACGGCCCUUCCAGGAGAGGACCGCGGGAAGCAGCAGGAGAGAGCCGCGGGUGCCCUCGGAGCGCUCCCCUCCUUCGUUCUCCCCCUCCCCGGGCUCUGGGGGGGAGUCACUCCGGAUGGAGGAGCCCGUGUGAACAGGUUGGCUUGGAAGGAGGUAGAAGUGGAAAUGUCCCAAGGAGCAGCAGCACAUGGGACUUCUAACGCUCAGGACCGGGGAUGGGCCUGGAUGGUCUUGUUGGCCACCGUGCUGCUUCAGGGGCUAACGCUUAGCUUCCCCUCUUGCACUGGGGUCUUCUUCACAGACCUGCAGCAUGAGUUCCAAGCCACCAACAGUGAGACGUCAUGGUUCCCAUCCAUCAUGACAGCAGUGCUGCACGCAGGUGGGCCCCUCUGCAGCAUUUUGGUGGAGCGAUUCGGCUGCAGGUUCACUGUGAUGGUGGGUGGCCUACUCAGUGGAGUGGGCAUGGUUGCCAGCUCCUUCUCUAAGUCCAUCAGCCAGCUCUACAUAACAGCCGGCUUCAUUACUGGCCUAGGAUCCUGUUUUGGCUUCCAGGCGGGAGUGACUGUGCUGGGCUACUACUUUGUGCGCCGACGGGCUUUGGCCAAUGCCCUAGCAUCCACCGGUGCCUCCAUUGGCCUCACACUGUGGCCGUUGAUCUCUCAGUACUUGCUGGAUGAAAUGGGCUGGAGAAACUCUUUCCUCAUCUUUGGCGGCGUGCUGUUGAACGCUUGUGUCUGUGGGGCCGUGAUGAGACCAGUCCAGCUUGGGCCUCCCAGGUCACCGCUGCAGCCCAGCCCUGGACAGAAGCCAGGCAACUCAGCUGAAGAUGCACAGCUGUCCAACGGAGCCACACCUCAUCAGGUGGAGCCCCCGCAGCAGGCCAGGUUUGCUGCUUGCAAGCGGACGCUGCGGAAGUACCUGGCUUUUGAUAUCUUCUGCAAAAAUAAAGGUUACCAGAUUUACACCAUUGGCGUGGCCUGGAUGGUGAUGGGCUUUGUGCUGCCCCUCAUCUACCUGGUGCCCUAUGCCAUCCGGAACGGGGUAGAGGAGCGCAAGGCUGCCCUCCUUAUCUCCAUCAUCGGCUUCAUUAACAUCUUCAUGCGCCCCAUGGCUGGGCUGCUCUCAGGACUCAAUAUCUUCACCGGGAAGCGGAUUUACCUGUUCAGCCUAGCCACACUACUCAAUGGGCUCAGCAAUCUCAUCUGCGUCAUCUCAGCCGACUUCAGCACACUUAUCCUCUACUGCCUCAUCUACAGCAUGUCCAUGAGUGGCAUUGGGGCGCUGAUCUUCCAGGUGCUGAUGGAUGUGGUGGAGAUGGACAGGUUCUCAAGUGCCUUAGGUCUCUUCACCAUCCUGGAGAGUGUCACCAUCCUCCUUGGACCCCCACUUGCAGGUCUUCUGGUGGAUAUAACUGGCCAGUUCAGUUAUGUCUUCUAUGCCUCCAGCUUCUUCAUGGUGUCAGCUGCACUCUUCAUGGGUCUCAGCUUCUGUGCUUUGGACAGAAAGAACAAACUGAAAGAGGCUCUGAAGCCAACCUCCCAUAGCCCCUCUAGAUACCAAUACACUGAAGUGCCAACUAACCCAGAGUCUGAAAAACAAGCUCCUCCUGCCGUCAUUUACAUCACAAGCAUCUGAACGAAGAGGAACCCGGAGAAUUCUGUGACCCACACAACCACAACAUGUAGCGUAACCGGAGGAAGAUGGGGGGAAAUGUCUGUUUUCCACAAUAACCCAUCUGGGUCCUGCAGUGAGCAUCUACUCAGCAGCGCUGCCUCAGAUCCAGAUGGAAGAUCCAGAUCAAAGGCAGAGCCCAAAGCCUUGCAACAGCCAGAAAGCCAAAGAACAAGGAGCACUUCUUAUACUUGGUGCAAGCCCAUAAGGCAAGGAUAGUAGUUCUGUGACUUAAUAAGUUACACUUCAAGCUAAUAGAAUUAAAUUGACAGUGACUUUUUUUUUUUUUUUAAGGCUGUACAUUUUUUGUAUAUUUUAUUUUUAAGACUAGAAAGAUUUAUUAGGUUAUGUACUACAAUGAUCCCUAACACAGCGUCAGUCAGUCAGUCCUGGAAGAGCUAAAAUACCACUGAAUCGCCUUGUCUGGACAUGCCAACCUAGCAAAGACUAACUUUGCAGUAAGAAAAGAAGUACUUGUGGCACCUUAGAGACUAACAAAUUUCUUUGAGCAUAAGCUUUCGUGAGCUACAGCUCACUUCAUCGGAUGCAUUUGGUGAAUGCUUUGCAGUGAAAUCAUCUGGUUGCCUCUCACAAGGGGCAGGGAAAACCCCUUUCCCGGGGGAUGCGUUGCUGCUUUCUCCCCCCCAUCUCUGGAUAUCGUAUGGAAUAUUACACAGGUUGUAGAACCCAGGCUAGCGCUUGCUAUCAGUUGUGUCUAGGCCAAAGUUAUUUUUUACAAGCUAGUAACCAAAUCAUUCUUGCAUUUCAAGGGUAUAUUCAGGAAAACAAAGGUUCAGAUCCAAAGCCCCAAUAAAACUGGACAGACUCAAAGUGCCUACAUUUUAUAGCCUGUGCCAUGAUGUCUUAAGCUCUCUCCUCUCCACCUUCACGAAGGUGUGUUGCAAGAAAGAAUGUGACAGUUCAUGGCCAGUGUAAAUGCACUAAGAAACAGGGAGAAUGAGUGGCAAAUACAGGGAUGGACAUUUUUUCUUUCCAGCACUAGUCCAGGACCAGUACUUUGAAAAAUGUACUGGCCUGAAAGCAAUUGCACUAGUCCAGACCUACGGCCAAGUUCAGAGUCAGGAUAAGCUAGACUCUGUUACACUCAGAGGGCCAGAUCCUCAUCUUAUGUAAAUGGGAGUAGCUCCUCAUCCAGACUCUCAGACUUAAUUACACCCAUUUUCCAGUAUAAAAGGGAGUCUACGCUGGUGUCAUUUACAUACCAAAGAGUCAGAAGAAAUUGGGGCAGGGAGGUUUGGGGGAAAAUUUAGUUUUACUUACACACUCCCGUUAGUGAUCUUUCUUUCUACAUUCCUUUUUUGUGGCCUUAGCAUGUGAGUUAUACCAGCUUGACAUCCCUUUGGUCUCUUAAUGAACCAAAUUCAGAGAUGAGGGGUAAGCUAAAUGUGGAUAUAAGUUACAUGUUGGUAAAUGGGUUGUCCCCAUAUAAAUGGAAAGGAGUCUAUAGGACAUUUAAGAUGGUGUAACACGGAAGAAGCUAUCACUUUGCCAGCUUAGACUCUUCUCUGGAUGUGGCACAAGAUACCAGCUAUCAUAACGCACAUAAAUACAUUUUUGCUUUUACUCUGCUUCAGUUCUGAAAUGACUAACAGCAGAUCUUUCCAGAACACUGGAGGUGGAGAUUAAUGCUUUAAACCCUUUGAAAGAUGGGAGUUUAAGAUGCUCUCAGAAAGUAGAAGCAUUGGCUUCUAGCUUUAGUGGUUGCCAAAAAAACAGAUACUGAAGUCAUGUCACAAUUCAUAAU